GUUCCUCAAUCGGGACUAGCGUCGCUCCACGUUCGACGCCCGUCUUUAGCGACCAGGAUGGCUUUGACAUUUCUGACUCCUUCAACCAUCAACAACGCGCGUGCUUGAGGUGCAUCGGAUCGCUACAACAUCCACCAUCGCACUCCACCCCUUUUAAUCCUCGAUUGACGCGACAUUUUCACCCUUCCGGUCCCACCCCUCGAAACUAUUCACGAUGCCUGGCGGAAAGGGAAAGUCCAUCGGUGGAAAGGGUGGCUCCAAGGACUCUGCGGGGAAGAGCCAGAAGUCUCACAGCGCAAAGGCCGGUCUGCAGUUCCCUUGUGGACGUGUUAAGCGUUUCUUGAAGAACAACACACAGAACAAGAUGCGCGUUGGUGCCAAGGCUGCUGUCUAUGUCACUGCCGUCCUCGAAUACUUGACCGCCGAAGUCCUCGAACUUGCCGGAAACGCUGCCAAGGAUCUGAAGGUCAAACGUAUCACGCCUCGUCACUUGCAGCUCGCGAUCCGUGGAGACGAGGAACUGGAUACUCUCAUCCGUGCUACGAUUGCCUUCGGUGGUGUCCUGCCACGCAUCAACCGCGCACUACUGCUGAAGGUCGAACAGAAGAAGAAAAGCAAGACUGACGCUUAAAACCCUCUUAACGGCGGACCGGAUACCCGACGAACAAACGGCGUUUCGAUAAUGAUGAAUUCAGACCCCGGGGGUGGAUUAAGCCCGUUUUUCUAUGCCUUUAGUCUUCACCUCGCCCUUGGCCCUUGACCAGCAUGAUCCGAAGGUCUCCAGGAGUGGAUACAACGGGCACGUUUUCUUAACCUCCCCCGGCACGUUACCCGUUCGAAAUGUUUCUUUAGCUCUGUUUGUCUCUUUCUGCUUUCUUUCAUGUGCUUAUCCCCCCGACAGUUUUUUUCUAUCCUUGUCUCCACUUAAACUUCUCGUUUUCAUUUCUAUCCAGGGCGCUGUAAUGGGAAAAAGG